AUGCUCUCUCUCUUCAUAUCCGAUCUCCUUCUCGUGGCAUUCCCUCUCUUCGGAGGGUGCUGCUUGAACGUGUUCGUGCUCGAGCAACUUCUUGCCAAUUCGUCCCACCCUCUCGGAACAGCCAUCACCUUUGCACAGUUCCUUUUCAUUGCUGUAGCUUCCUGGCCGUCUCAGAUCGACCCGCAAUCGAGCUCCUGGAAACGGUUGUGGCUUCCUCCCUCUCACAUUCCGAUCCACAAGUGGUUCUACUACGUGGUGAUGUUCUUCACGGUGUCGCUAUUGAACAACUUGGUGCUCAAAUAUAAUAUUUCCAUUCCUUUGCACACUAUCUUCAGGUCCUCCUCCACAGUCAUCACCAUGGCUGUAGGCUACCUCUUUGGAGGCAAGUGCUACAACCGCGGCCAGGUCCUCUCGUGCUUGAUAAUGUCACUGGGUGCAAUUUUGGCCACUUUCCGAUCUGGUUCUGGUACUUCCCAUGCCAAUUCGCAGUUCGUGCUUGGAGUGGUGCUAUUAAUUGCUCUUUCCAUAUUAGCGUCCUUGAUGAGCUUGUACAACGAGUCCUUAUUCAGGCAGUACGGCAACCACUGGCAGGAAAGUCUUUUUUACACCCAUUUCCUUGGAUUGCCUCUUUUUUUGUUGGUGGGGCCAGAUUUGAAACGGGAGUUUUUGGUCAUCUGGAACGAUCAAAAGGUCUACGAGAUAGGCCAGUUUUCCGUCAAGAAACAGGCUGCCAACUUGCUCAUUAAUAUGGUGUCUCAGUACGUGUGCAUCAGAAGCGUGAGCAAAUUGGCUGGGAAAACACUGGCGUUGACGGUAUCUAUCGUACUUUUGGUGAGGAAAUUUGUCAGCCUAAUUAUAAGUGUGGUUUGGUUUGGCAAUGCAAUUGGAAGCAAUGGGGCCUGGGGAGCUGUUUUGGUGUUUGUGGGAACCGUGUACUACGCAUUGGCAAGUGGAACUCGACCCUCUAAGAAGGCACCAAUCCAAGAUAAAUCUAGAAAGGAUGUAUCAAUACAGAAUGAGCCAAGGAAGGACUUACCAGCUGGCACGAAAAGAAAUGCAGACAGAUCACAGCAGAUUGAAGCCCUAAGAAGAAGACAAACAUAG